AUGGAUCAGGUGAUGCAGUUUGUUCAGCCAAGUUGGCAGUUUGUAAAGGACUCAAUUCGGCUGGUUAAAAGAUGUAUCAAACCCCACAGAAAAGAAUUCCAGAAGAUACCCAUGGCUACAGCAAUGGGAUUUGCUAUCAUGGGAUUCAUUGGCUUCUUUGUGAAACUGAACCAUAUCCCUAUUAAUAACAGUAUUGUGGGUGGCUGA